AUCAUCUUUCUGCACCAUGAGGACUACUUUGUGUGUCUGCUUCCUCCUGUUUCCUCUUCUCAUGGCGGAGGAACACCUCGGCAACGAGUUCUAUUCUCUCCUGGAGAAGAGUCAGGGCACUUUAGUGGAGCCAGCCCAGACCAACCAGAGCCGGCUGAUGGUGAAAGAACCUUCUCUGGCCAUCAAUGAGCUUCUAGAGAAGAGCAGCAGGACGUCUGAGUCCAAGUUCCAUCCUCUCCCGUCUUCCGUGUGGCCAAAGCACAGCCACCACUUGUCCUCCGUCCUGCGCCACCACAACAAGAGUAAGAAAGGAGGCAAGAUGUUGGAAGUGAGCGCUGACAAAAGCCGAGGACAAGCGACCGGUCUGCUUCCCAAACCGGCAAACCGCACGGUCCAGCUGGGCCUCAGCCCGCCUCAGCCCACCCAGUCAGAGGACCAUCACAACUCCAGAACCAGAAGCGCUCCGGCUCCUGGCAGAGAACCCUUCGGCCGACGCAUGGACCCUGAGGAGAACCGGCCAGGGAAGGCGGGCCUCUUCCAGGCGGGCAUGGCUGUGACGCCACUCCGAAACAACAGCCGGCCGGCGGUCAGCUACAACCGCCGCUCUUCAAGCUUGCUGCAGCAUUUUGACGUCCUCAGACCAGAGUCGGAGGCGACGCACGAUUCCUUCUGCAUGAGCGAGUGCAGGAAGGAGAAGGAGGAGAAGGAGCAUCUGUGCUACAGCCAGUUUGCCGUGAAUGGUGUGGUCCACCAGCUGGAGGUUCUGCGCAGAGGAGUACGCUUAGUCACCCUGAUGGUGAGCAGCGAUGGCUUCUACAAGAGCAGUCGUCUCUACGCCGCUCCUGACUCCUUCUUCUUCAAAGUGCACCUCCUGGUCCUGGACACCUUCCACUGCAGCAAGCCCUGUCCUGACAUCACACUUGGCAGCAGAUACAUUGCAAUGGGACAAAUCUACCACCGGAGGCGCCAUCUUCCUGCCGACCUCCUGACCCUGCUGGGCGGAAGACUGAAGGCAGGCGACGGCAUCCUGAGGAGCAACAACUACGUCAGGAGGUUCAACAAACGCAAGCACCAGAAGGUGGUGGAGGCCACGCACACCCGCUGUCGGUGA